AUACCAUGCAUUUUAGUGGUGCCCGCCACCGCCGCCAAACCCCGCUCCACCGCCGAAACCGGCACCACCACCAAUGCCACCACCUCCGCCGAACCCUCCACCACCGCCACCGCCACCGCCACCGCCAACUCCACUUCCUGCUCCUCCUCCAAAUCCGCCUCCAGCACCUACACCACCUCCGCCACCAAACCCACCACCAGCACCUCCUCCAAGACCGCCACCAGCUCCUCCUCCAAGACCCCCACCAGCUCCUCCUCCAAGACCACCACCUCCUCCAAGACCCCCACCAGCUCCUCCUCCAAGACCCCCGCCAGCUCCUCCUCCAAGACCCCCACCAACUCCUCCUCCAAGACCGCCACCAACUCCUCCUCCAAGUCCUCCACCUCCACCGAGACCACCUCCGCCUCCAAGGCCUCCACC